CCUCCCUCUUUUAUCUUGCACCCCUCGCAAAAGGUCGUCGCAAGUGUUUCCUUCAUACCCCACCCACCCACUCUAUAUUAUAACUGCCGUCCCCACCAGAAAGCGAUGCGCAUCGUUAUAUUACCCGUCACCAGGGCCGCUCUCCGCUCGCAAAACCCAAACCCGGCACACCUCCUGCACCACGUCAACGUACCCUCCUCCUCCCUCUUUCACCCAGAGAGAAAUAUCACCCCAACAACAACAACGCAAGGUGGAACAACAAUAUCCCUGGACAAAAACUCCCAACCUCCCUCUCCAUCCCCCCAAUCUCCCACCACCUCAAACCCCGCCCCCGCCCAAUCCCUCGACGGCAAACCCCUCCUCGUCCAGUGGACGGCAAAAGGCGUCGCAUGGUCAACAACAAAAUGGAAAGACAUGGGCGCAAAACCAGACACCUCCUUCACAAAGAAAUUGCACAUCUUUGGCGAAAAAUUGAAGGAUGUCGCCCCCGCCGAUGAAUGGUUCUUGAAGAGCGUCCCCUCCUAUGCAGAGAUCCAUUGGGAUAGAUUACUGCCCGACGCUGAUGUCAAUCCCCUCACUUCUGCGAGCGACGACAGCGAGUCCUCCCCAUCGUCACAUCCCUCAUCGCAAUCCCCGACGACAACAACAACCGCCCCCCUGACCAUCCAUCACCCAACCCAAAUCCUCACCCCCUACAUAACCACCCACCUCACCACACUCAUCAGCACCGCGCGCACAAAACACUCCCGCAACCUCACCCUCAGCAUCCUCUGCCUCCCGCUCUCCGCCUGUUUCGCCGUCCUGCCCGGUCCCAAUGUCCCCCUGGCCUGGAAUCUGUUUCGCCUGUAUUCCAAUUGGAGGGCUUUGCAGGGGGUUAGGACGCUUGAUGUUGUUUUGGGCGGGGGGAAGGAGGGUGGGAACGUGGUGUAUGUGCCCGAUGAGAGGAUUGACGGGUGUUUAGGGACGUGGGCGGUUGAUCAGAAUCAAUACAUCCCGGCCAAAGUCGUCCGCUGUGUCGUAGAGAAGGAGGUAGCCGACGAGCAUCUGGGGGAUGAGGCCGCGCGGCUGGUCAAGCAGUUGAGGAGGAAGGAGGCCGGGAGGUUUUGGUGGCUUCAGGGGUUGCAUAAGGGGGGUGGUGGGAAGACAGGUGAUGGGAGUGCCGGGACAAAGGCCGAUGACCCCGGCGCGAAUGGAAACCCAUCGCAGAAGAAACAGGACUAGCGCGUUGAGGUGGUCCAACCCCCCGCCCAUACCAUAGAAUUCGCACCCAUACCACAUGUAAAAAAACAUAUGCCACAUAUCGAUAGACAAUAUAUGGAAGAUGUCGGAAUAUGAGUCACGAAACGACCAUCGCCCGAUGAUCCAACCUCGCCGUCCAGUUCAACAAACUCUCCGCUUCGUCCUCCCAAUCCUCCUCGGAGUGCUCAUGCGCCGCACGUCCGUGAGAAUUCUCCACCUCCCCACCCCCCACCACCCCACGCGUCCCCACAUCCCCCGCCCCAG